AUGAUCUCUGCCACCGUUGUCUGUAACUUCUCCAGCGUACCUAACAAAGGCGAUACUUGCUCGUCCUUCGCUUCAUCCUGGGGUCAGACUCUUGCAAAUUUCCAAGCUCUGAACAUUAGCAUCUCUUGCUCGACUCUCACAGCCGGCCAAAGCUGCUGUGUUGUUGGCACAGUCAAAGACGAGCCAGCGACCACGACGUCCACGAUAACCACGACGGCCUUGACAACCACAACUUCCACCUCCCAGUAUGAUCCAACCCAGUCUGGCAUUCCUCCUAGCUGUGAUGGCUUCCAUCUCAUCGCAUCCGGUGACCAAUGCGAUACGAUUGAGGCCAAGUACGGCAUCACUGAGGCCCAAUUUAAGGCCUGGAACCCCAGCAUUGAUAGCUCAUGCUCUAACCUCUGGUUGGACUACUACGUCUGCGUGCAAAUCCCGGGCGCUACAACAACCACCUCGACUCCCCAACCGACGUCUACGGGGCCUUGGCCGCAGAUGCCUGGCGUCGCGAGCAACUGCAAACCCUUUUACAAGGUCAAGACUGACGAUAACUGUUAA